AUGUUCGACUUCCAAGGUGCGUGUCCUCAAGAUCCGACCCGAUUCAAUACCGGUGAUGGUAUGGCCAAUAAGAAUAUUAGCGAGGACUGUCUUUAUCUGAAUGUUUGGUCACCGGUCGGUAGUGGAAUCAAUAGUACGCUCAAACCAGUUAUGGUAUGGAUUCACGGUGGAGGUCUACUUGUAGGCUCUCCCAGUGAAUACGUUUACCAUGGUGAUAUGCUGUCUGCCAGAGGAGAUGUGAUUGUCGUAUCAAUUUCAUACAGGCUCAACAUAUUUGGUUUUUUAUAUUCUGGUGAUAGUCGAGCUCCUGGCAAUGUCGGCCUUUUGGAUCAGAAUCUAGGUCUCAAAUGGGUUAGAGAUAAUAUACAUUAUUUUGGUGGAGAUCCCGAUCAUGUGACAAUUUUUGGCGAAAGCGCAGGUUCUUGGAAACCUACGCCUCAAAACGGAGCUGAAUGGCCAGGUUAUUUUACAGUUAACGACAACAUCAUUGCUCCUUAUGUCGAGAUUGAAAAUGAGAAGAAAAACACUUCAAAUAUCAAGAUUGGUUUUAAAACUGAUGCAUGCGAAUAUCUGUGGAAGAAAUAUAUAACUAAUAAUAAUUUAUAA